UAAGGAGAAAGAAGUAACAAGAUGUAGAUGACAAAGAUAAAAGCUAGACUUCUGUAAAUAUCCCUUAUUUUAAGAAUUUUACUUUGAAACCAUGUAAAUAUUUUACUUAAUUACACAAGAAUUUUUUAAUCCCUAAAAAAUGAAACAAAACUAAACAAAUGAACCUAAACAUGUACUGAGUUGGUGGAAAGAUCUCCCAAAGAACUAACUCUGAUUUUUUCUCCUCUAUUUUCCCUUCCCUCCAGCCUUUUGCCAUCAGAAUCACUGACCCUAAGCCCACAACAGAUUGAAAAGUUUGUAACAGUCUCUGAGGCAAAGUGGAAGCCUGCAUUCCUCAGGAUGGGUUAAGGGGAGGUCCUCGGCGAAAAGCGAGAUCUCCUUUAUUUCCUGCUUAUUUUACUAAAGAAUUUCUUUUUGUCACUCAGGUUCCUCCUUCCUUCUCUCUCCGCAUCACAAAAACUGCAGUGAGAAACCAAAGGGGCGGGCCCCUGACUUCCAGUAGGAGGUUUCACACUUGGAAAGUGGUAGUUCUGAGGACACAAAUAGGGAAAUUUCAGAGAGAAGCCUAAGGCUGGGGCUGGAGAGCCCUAGGCCAUAGUAACAAGAACUGGUUAACCCCAGAAAGGGUAGGAAAGCUUCUGACACUGCAGAGGUAAAGAAGAGUGCCAUGCAGAGCAGAUCAAAGAAGACCAGUAGACUUGCCCAUGCUGGGGGAGUAGAAUCAGCUUCUGGUUAGAGGGUUGAGGGGUAAAACAAGAAGCCUUCCUGUGUAACACGUUUGCACCUGGACAUGUUACCCAGUCCAAGGUCGUACUGCUCGCCACACAACAGGCCAAGAAAUCGGGACACAAGGUGUUGGGGCAAGGAAUAGAGAUUUUGUUCAGGAAGCCGGAGAAGAUGGGGGACUAGUGUCCCCAAGAACCACCUGCCCCAACUUAGCAGUCAGGCUGCUUUUAUACUAAAAUGGGAGUGGGCGUGGCUGAUUGUUGGAAACGUCUUGGUGCUGGAAUCCUUUGUUCACAACUGUUAUUCUCUGUUCUGCAACAUUUUAUCUCUGUAUGAAUGGAAAAGUGUUUUACCCUUAAAGGUCAGAGCCUUCAGAAUAGGCUCCCCUGUAUAUUUCAGGCUAGAGGCAACACUGUUUCACAAGGUGCAGAGCCCGCAGGACUCAGCACAGGCAACAGAGCACAAGGCUUAGAGCUACAGGGAUAGACCUGAUGCGGAAGCAGGUUUGUUCUUCCCUGUUACACAUCUGUGCUGUCUGGUCGCCACAAGUCAUGCCCUCCAGGAGUUGGUGGGGGGCAAGAUGGUUAUUUGGGAUCUAUGCCUGUGAACAGAAAGAGACUGAAGCAGGAUUGGGCAGAGGAAGAAGCCGAACUGUGGUGAGGGCUCAACAAAGCCUCCGCUCACCGGGUGAAAAAUGGUCCCAUGGCAGGUGGAAACAUCUGGACUUUAUCCCCUCACCUUACCGAGUCUUCUGACCAUGCUGCCCCGAGAGGGCUUGCCUCAGAGAGAGACACCACGAGAGGGACACAGCCCGCUGCAGCUAAAGCAGCCCUUGAAGGAGCUGACAGCUGCAGGCUGUCUACUGAUGGUAUUUCCUGCAGCUGGGGCACAAGUCUUUCCUUGGAGGGGGACUUGGGGGUUAUAUCCCUUUGCCACCAGGCUAGCAACCCUCUUCAUAGUUAAUGUAGAGUGUUUUUACUGUAAUUUCUCUCAACAAACAAAAGGCAUUACACUUUCAGUAAAGAACUCCAUAUAUUUAAGGUUGAAUUCAAAAUUGCUGUUAGAAUUUAUAUUCCAUGGAUUAUCAGGUGGUCAAUAUUAUAUUUCUGGGCAGGCUGGAAUUAGCUGUUGGUUCAUUUAUUCAUCUCACAAACAUUUCUUAAGCAUCUAUUGCAUGACAGUCUCUGGAAAUUGAAAUAUGAAUAAAGAUGCUUUUCCCCUGAACUGGGAGUGAGAUUCUAGUAGGGAGGCGGACAAAAUAGACAAUUGAAACAACGUGGUAGCAGUUUAACAGGCAGGUAUAAACAAGACGCUGUAGAAGUUAAAGGGGCGUGAAGGAGCCAGUGGUCAGCUCUGUCUGCAGGCAUCCUCCUGGGAGAGGAGGCACGGGCUCUGACUCUCAGAGGACAGAAAUAUUCACAUAAGAACAUUAUCGGAAGAGCAAAUGAAUGGGUAAAGGCUCAGAGGAACGAAAGAGCAUCACACGUGAUGGGAACCACAGAUAGAUUAAUAUGACCAAGUGACAGCCCUCUGCAGAACAUUCCUUGGGAUAUGUUGGAAGACAGUGUUGACUGAGGCUGCCAGGUCUGUGGGGACGUACGGCUGCUCUAGAUCUAGAACCUGAACAGGUCUCUUCUGGACUUGAUGUUGACAGGCCCAGAUUAUGUAAAGGACCAUCUCCCUAAAGUUGCUCAGCAUACUUCCUAUAUAGGAGAAAAGCGUCCUGCAUUAGAAAAAACGGGAGAUCUCAGAUAUUUACAGAGGCCUGCCUCAAAGAGAAGCUUGCCGGCCAAAUAUAAACCUGAGUAUGUUGGUGAAAUUGGUUGGGGAAUACCAGUGUAUGAUUUUAUCAACAAAACCAGGCUUCAGACUGGCUUUCACAUUAAGUAUGAAGAGUUCAGUCAAGCUGCUGUUGAGAAACUAAGCCACAGAUACCAGAACCCAUGGCAACCGACUCCUUCUGUUAUGGACGCAGAAGGGAGCUUCAGUCGUGGUUUCAUUGCCUGGCAUAUGGGUGAUUAUGAGGACACCAACCAAAGGAACUCCAAACGGGCCGUCCUCCUCCGGCAGAGCCAGGUAGCAUUGCCAAGAGUUUCCAGACCACCUAAGCUGUCAAAGCUACCAAAAGAGCAGGAGGUACGAUCAUUUGCUUUUCGGAAUCGUAGAAAAAGUCAAGCUGUCUUAACGUGUGCAUUAGAGAACGCCAUUUAAUAGCAAUACUAUGAAUAAUCAGUUUUAUAGCUCCUUUCAACCUAUCAGAACGUUUUGUAAUUCAUAUUGGAUUUCCACAGUGAUGUCCGUAUAGUGACUGGGUGGGUAUUAUUCCCAUUUUAUAGCUACAGAAAACAGGAGGUGAGGGGCUCAGUCCUUAGAACUGCUUAUUUACCACAUGGUUUAACCUGGAGAGCACAGCCAUCUGCUCAGUUUCCAAAACCUGAGAAAACUCAGUCCGUGAGAUGGAGGUAACUCUAUAACGCUUCUUAAAACCCCACAGACUGGGCUUCCCUGGUGGCGCAGUGGUUAAGAAUCUGCCCACCAAUGCAGGGGACACGGGUUGGAGCCCUGGUCCGGGAAGAUCCCACAUGCC